AUGAAGUCCUUUGCCAUCUUGCUCUUCACUUCUCUCGCGGCUGCCUCGCCCAUCGCUGCACCUGAGCCUGUAGCAAUCACUGAGCCCGAAGUGGUCACUGUUACAGUCCCAGAGGUCGCGUUGGAUAUCCGUCAGAUAGGCGGUAGUACUCGGAAUGAGCUCGAGACAGACAGCACCUCAGCAUGCCCCAAAGUCAUCUUUAUCAUGGCUCGUGGAAGUACGGAGCGCGGAAAUAUGGGAACUUUAACUGGCCCCCCUCUCGCCAACGGCCUUGAGCGUAUCUACGGUGCAAACCAAGUCUGGGUCCAAGGUGUUGGAGGCCCUUAUACUGCAGAUCUAGGCUCCAAUGCCCUUCCUGGUGGUUCCUCACCCGCCGCAUUCAACGAAGGCGUGCGUCUUUUCAACCUUGCCGCCAAAAAAUGCCCCAACGCCGCAAUCGUCGCAGGUGGCUACAGUCAAGGCGCAGCCCUCAUCGCCGGCGCCGUGUCCCGUCUUGAGCCAGCCGUCCGCGACCAAGUCAAGGGUGUCGUGCUCUUCGGCUAUACCAAGAACAAGCAAAACGGCGGACGUAUUCCCAACUACCCUGCUGAGAGAUUGAAGGUGUAUUGCGCUGCUGGUGACCUGGUUUGUACGGGGACGCUGACGAUUACUCCUGCGUAUCUUACCUAUGGUGCUGAUGCGGGGAGCGACGCGCCUAAGUUCUUGCAGAGCAAGAUUGAUGCUUAG